CUGAGCUGCUAGCAACAGCAAACACAGUUUGUUAGCAACUACUGAUAUAAAUUAACGUUGGAUUUGAUCGCAGCACAACAAACAUAAUCUUCUAUUGAGCCCCAUGGCGAUGAGUCGGGCAAUGGUCCAUGAAGAGUUUUGGAUACACAAAGAGUGGCUGGUCCACCAGGGACAUCAUCGGGCACUGGAACACAGAUAACACCUCUAAACUGAUAAACCAUGAUCCCCAUCACCGAGCUGCGAUACUUUGUGGACACACAGCCAGCAUACCGCAUCCUGAAACCAUGGUGGGAUGUGUUCACCGACUACAUCUCCAUUGUUAUGCUCAUGAUUUCUGUGUUUGGAGGGACACUACAGGUCACCCAGGACAAGAUGAUUUGCCUGCCCUGUAAAUGGGUGGUCAAUGAGACCUGCAAGAAGAACUUCAAUUCCACCUUCUCCACAUCAUUGUUUUUGGAGCCCAAAGGGAUUCAGUAUGAUCUGGACCGUCACCAGUACAACUAUGUGGAUGCUGUGUGCUAUGAGAAUAGAUUGCACUGGUUUGCCAAGUAUUUCCCCUACCUAGUGUUACUUCAUACUCUUAUUUUCCUAGCUUGCAGCAACUUUUGGUUUAAGUUUCCACGGACUAGUUCCAAACUAGAGCACUUUGUAUCCAUCUUGCUGAAAUGCUUCGACUCUCCAUGGACAACUAGGGCGCUGUCAGAGACCGUGGUCGAAGAGAGUGACCCAAAACCAAUGAAAAUGAACGGUUCAAUGGACCACAAGGAGUCCGUUAUCAGUGAGGAUGUUGAAGCAAGUGUUCCUAUGCUCCAAAGGACAAAGACGCGCUUUGAGCAAGGCAUUGUAGAUAGAACAGAGACUGGGGUUUUGGACAAAAAAGAGGGUGAACAGGCAAAAGCGCUGUUUGAGAAGGUGAAGAAAUUCCGUAUACAUGUUGAAGAAGGAGACAUUGUGUACAGACUGUACAUCCGUCAGACUAUUAUCAAAGUCAUAAAGUUUAUUUUGAUAAUCUGCUACACAGGGUAUUAUGUGCACGAUAUUAAAUUCAGUGUUGAUUGUUCAGUCAAUAUAGAGAGUCUGACGGGCUACAGCGUGUACCGCUGUGCUCAUCCGUUGGCUACACUUUUUAAAAUCUUAGCCUGUUUUUACAUUAGCUUGGUGGUGGUGUAUGGUUUGAUCUGCAUGUACACACUUUGCUGGAUGCUUCGGCGAUCUUUAAAGAAAUACUCCUUUGAGUCGAUACGGGAAGAGAGCAGUUACAGUGACAUACCUGAUGUGAAGAAUGACUUUGCAUUCAUGUUGCACAUGAUCGAUCAGUAUGACCCUCUGUACUCCAAACGCUUUGCUGUGUUUCUCUCAGAAGUGAGCGAGAACAAGCUGAGGCAGCUGAACCUCAACAAUGAGUGGACACUGGAUAAGCUCAGGCAGAGAAUAACUAAGAACUCUCAGGAGAAGUUGGAGUUGCACCUUUUCAUGCUAAGUGGCAUUCCAGACACAGUGUUUGACCUGAUGGAGCUGGAGGUGCUUAAACUGGAGCUCAUCUCAGAUGUCACCAUCCCACCGAUUAUCGCCCAGCUGGUCAACCUGCGAGAGAUGUGGCUGUAUCACACACCAGCUAAAAUCGAAGCUCCGGCGUUGGCUUUUUUGCGUGAGAACUUGAAGUCUCUGCACAUCAAGUUCACCGACAUCAAAGAGAUUCCCCUAUGGAUCUACAGUUUGAAGAAUCUGAGUGAGCUUCAUCUGACAGGGAAUCUCAGUGCUGAGAACAACCGUUACAUCGUCAUCGACGGGCUCCGAGAGCUCAAGAGGCUCAAAGUUCUUCGUCUGAAGAGCAAUCUCACCAAGCUACCUCAGGUGGUGACUGAUGUAGGCAUGCACCUCCAGAAGCUUUCCAUCAAUAAUGAAGGCACCAAGCUGAUGGUGCUCAACAGCCUGAAGAAGAUGGUGAACCUGACGGAACUGGAGCUCAUUCGCUGUGAUCUAGAGCGAAUACCGCACUCAAUCUUCAGUUUGCACAACUUGCAGGAGAUUGACCUGAAGGACAACAACCUGAAGACCAUUGAGGAGAUCAUUAGCUUCCAGCACCUUCAUCGGCUGGUCUGCCUUAAGCUCUGGUACAACCAGAUUGCCUACAUUCCCAUUCAGAUUGGCACACUGACCAACCUGGAGAAGCUGUACCUGAACAGAAACAAGAUUGAGAAGAUCCCCAGCCAGUUGUUUUAUUGCCGCAAGCUGCGCUUCCUGGACCUGAGCCAUAACAACCUGACCUAUAUCCCAACAGAUAUUGGCUUCCUCCAGAAUCUUCAGUACCUGGCAGUGACAGCCAACAGGAUUGAAAGUCUGCCUAAUGAGCUGUUCCAGUGCAAGAAGCUUCGCACUUUGAACUUGGGGAACAAUUGCCUGCAGUCUUUGCCGUCGCGCUUUGGAGAGCUAACUGGGUUGACACAGCUCGAGCUGAGAGGAAACCGUCUGGAAUGUCUGCCCGUGGAGCUGAGCGAGUGCCGGCAGCUAAAGAGAACCGGUCUCGUGGUGGAGGAGGACCUCUUCAACACGCUGCCCACAGAGGUUAAGGAACAGUUGUGGAAAGUUGACAAAGAACAAGCUUAAACAGGUUUGUCAAUGUGAGUGAAAACAGAUACUCACAAACUGUGCCCUGACACAGGAGGAAUGCCCAUACUUGCUGAAGCAGGCAGUAGACCUGCUGCAGUGUACUGCCAGUAAGGUUGGGUAUCAAGAACCAGUGCCAGUUUGACAGAACCCAAAUACUAAUUCUGGUAGCUUCUGGUUGUUCUCAUAGCUAACUGCCCGGUUAAUUUUGUUUAUUCCCCCAUGAACAGUCUUCUUUAGGUCUUUCCACUGUAACACAGUAAUGAUGCUUUUUAGCAAUAAUUAAGCACUGCCAUUGUGAUUGGAAGUGUGUGUUUACACACGAUGUAGCAAGGUGGUCUCUAAGACCUUUCUCUCCUGAUUGCUGAGUAUAGAUAAUAGUCAAACUGCUCACAGUUGCAUCAUAACAUGCAAAGGAAAAAAAUCAUGAAAUCUGGAAGGUCGAGAGGCCGAAACUCUUUUGUCUGUCUUUUAUUUUGUUUGGAAAAGAUUUAAGCUGAUGUUCACUUAAAAUGUUUUACAAGUCAUCUGAUUAUGUCACCAAAUACCAAUACCAAUGCCAUGAAGGCUUUUAGCUCUUUACCUUUUGUUCAGAACUGACCUGACACAAAUUUGAACUGUGUCUGUUUCAGAGGGAUGACAAUGGCCUUCAAAUACCUUCAUAUAUGCUUUGUUUGAAAAUGUUAAGAAAAUCAUGAGAGUAUGACACGAAAUCCAAAAUCAGGGAGAACUAAUGAUGAAUCAUGUCAAGACAGGUUGUAGAUUCUGAGAUCCUCGUGUCUGAGAAGGUGUUGUAUAAGGUUAGAAGGAAAGGGUCAUUGAGGACACUGUGUAAGAAAUGCAAGUGCUGUACAGAAGGAGAACCAGUUGUCUUUGGCUGGCCGGAGCAUUACAUUUGCAGGGUAGGGAUGUCACGAGGGCUGUUGAUGCCAAAAUUCUGAUGUCACAUGCCUUGGAGAUGCGAUUCUUCUGGGACCGACAAGGGUAGUAUAACCCUACGAGAGUGCAAGACUGUCAAACUCGAAGAGGAGGGCAGGGUAAACAAUAAAAACAACGCAUGGAAUGGCAGCAGCAUCUGUUUUAACAACACUACACACAACGUUCACAAAGGCUAACGUUAGCUUGUUAAGGCUAACAUAGCGACAGCUCAUAAGGUGAGCUAGGUGCUCACAAUAUUAGUGUGCUACUGUCAUUACUGUUCAAAUACAACUCUGACUUUUAGACAAAACUGCUGCUUGCACUUUGACUCUAUGGAGGUGUGUACAUGUGUGUUAGCAAACUGAGCAGCCCCCGUUUUUUCUGUUUUUUUGCUGUGGUAUCGACUUUUGUGGAAUUUCAUUGGUAUUGGUACAGACUUCCAAAUUUCUGGUAUCGAGACAUCCCUAUGGCAGGGUGAAGGGAUUGAUGGUCUCUUUCUGAGGAAAGGUGUGUGCUGUGUUUGAGGAAGGGCAGUUACUGUACUGAAUGCUACCCAGUGGACUAGCAUAACAAAGCAACAACUCCCACACAGUUACAUUAUUGAGGCAUCUUAUCAGGAAGCGGAUACCCAACCCUUACUGUCAGUAUACUAAGCAGUGGGAAUUGAGCAAAUCGUUUUCAUAGACAUGCUGCAUUCACAGUAUUUGUUUGCAAUGAAUUGCACAAAACAAAAUGAACAAAUAUGGGGAAAAUGCUGAAAAGGUUUUGAAUGAGAUGAGUCUUGUCUGCUUCAUAAGAAUUCAAGUGAAGUCUGAGGAUAACAGUGAUGUUGAAAUGCGUUUCAAAUGUUGACAAUAUGUCUGACACUAACACAGAUGCUUACCUGAAACACUAGAUUGAUUAAUUACCCUUGAUUAUGGUGGAUGCAACCACUGGUCUACCUGUAUGUCCUGAUAGUUGAGUGUUACUGUCUGCAAACAACUUAAAGACCAGACAUGCCCUCAAAUCUGUGUCUGGGCGCCUGGCCUUGUGUUCUUUUCAGUUUAUCAUAACAUUGAAAUAUGAUGUUUCUACUUAAUAGGGAAGUUAUUCUGUUAUUUUAAUAUAACUGAACUGCAUUACUCAAAUAUUGUGCAAUGUUCAGUGUAGAUGUUCAGCUGUGCACAAGUUUACAGCCACCUUUGAUGUGAACUAUCUUAAUUGCUACAUAAUGCAUACAUAAUUCAUUAAGGUGAAUUGAAGAAUAAUUUAGCAAUUUAAUCAGUUUUUAUAUAUAUAUAAAAAAAUUUGAAAGAACAAUGCAAUAAGGUCCAAAAUGGCCACUAAUGAAACAUCAUUAAAUCUAAAAUUUUAGCCUUUUGCUUCAAAAAGCUCAAAGCUUUUAAUAAACAAGCCACGUUCCACUUAAUCAAAAGAAGAAAUUAAAUUAAGUCAUUUCAGUGGCAAGAAAGAUUAGGAGACAUUUUUGAAAAGAACCAUGGAUUUCAGGUCAGUUGCCUUAACCUUAAUUUACUCAUUUUGUAUUAUGUCCUAUUUCUGUUAUUUUCGUUGUAGCAUCUUCAAAACAAAUGAUCAUACUCUUGACUAUGUUUUAAUGCAGAUAAUUGUCUUUAAAGCACUAAGCUAUCCAGGUCAAGAUGGUAAUGGACAGUUUUGCUGGUUUAUAUUUUGCUUUAAUUGCUUUGUUUCAUCACUUCCUGUGGACGCUCAGUAAGUGAUGAUACUUGAAACCUAUAAUCAAUUUGGGCAAAUAUUCAUAUAGUGUCUCAAAUGGGAUUAAUUAUUCUUUUCUGUUAUAGCCUCACCUUGUCAUUGGCUGUGCUAAUUUUAUUUUUACAUAAAGGGUCUCCCCUAGUGCAGCUUUAACUUUCUAAACCAGUUUUGUUGUGCACUGCUGACAGCUACCACAGAAAGUAAAAGUCUGACGGAAAUGAACAUUAUGAUUGAAAUUAUCCAGUAAAACUUCUAUCAUUGUUAUUUUGUAAAAGUGAUCUAGAAAUUUUGCACUUGGGUUUAAAGAUUAAUUACUGAAGUGACAAGCUCAUUUUGGGAAUGAAAGUGGAUUGUUUUUUAUUGUGUGAUGGAUUGUUUUUUUUGUGUGUUUGUUUUUGUGCCAGAUACACUCAUCUCAUAUGUUAACCUAUCCCUGCCAGGGAAAUAAAAACAGACACAAUGCUAAAAAUGAUUCUCAAAGAUUACAAAGUAAUAUCUUUUCAUUUUGACUUACUGAAUUAGAUCAGUGAGAUAGAUAAAACUUUUGACUUGCCACCUUACAGCAAGCAGGUCCUGGGUUCAUAGGUUUUGUCUUAGUUUCUCACAAUUUCUCAUAUUUUGUCACAGUUUUGGAUACAUUUCUCAUAGUUGUAGGAGAUAUUUUGAGAAGUUUUAUUUAUUUCUUCUUUUUUUGUUGGGUCUUGUCAUGAAUGGGCUUCCAUAUUUUUCAGGUCAGGUCAUCCAAUUGUUAUCGUUUAUUUCUCUGGCUUCAAAGUGAUCAUUUGUAGAGAAAAGUUGAAUACUUUUUUGCCUUAGAGAGUCUUUUCUGCACUUGCAUUUUGCCACAGUAAACAGCAUGAUGCUAAAAAUGUGGAAUUUAAGAUCAAUGCACAGCUCUGACACAGCACAACACACAACAGGGGUUCCUGUGUUUACUCUGAGAUAAAAUAUCAGUUUAUGUUUUAAUAAACCUAACUGCAAGAAAAGUUGGACCGUAGCAAUAUAUAGUACAAUAACUGGGUUGAAAAGCAUAGGAAUAGUUGUGUACAUUUAUUUCAAGAACAUGGUUAACUAUCCUAUAUUGUGCAAUAUUGCCUUUAUUUAAACUAUGUAAAAGUUAGUAGUGAUGUAGUUUUCUAAUGUGCAUGGGCAUUCUUUUUGUCACAUACAUUUUACCAACGUGAUGGUGAGAAUUUCAAGUUAAGUAGAUUAGAGGAGAUUUUUGAUUCUAGAGAAUGCUUUUGCACUACGGCACCUCUCCCACAAGUUACAUUUAGGUAAAUGCAAGUAAUGGUAUACAACUUCAGUGUCUACAAUGCAUGUUUUCUGGUAUAGGAAAGGUUCAAGUGAAUGACUGCCAGCCAUGAGAUUAAAAUGGUAUUUGAUUACUAUUUUAAGUAUUUAAGGAACUACACAUAGAAAAAACAAAUUCUCCUCAUCCUUACCUUUAAGUCCCAACUGGAGCAUUAAAUGAUAUCCAGAAUGCCUCAGCAAUACACCACAGAUUAAGACAAUCAACCAUCGUAAUUAAAAGCUGACAUCACAAAUGUCAAAUUUAAAGUCCUAUAGUGAGCACUGCAAGUAAAUGGUCAGUACAUUUAAAACUACUUUGUGUAGAUUGCUGAUAAAGUGGUAUCAGUAAAUAGAUUAGAUUUUUGUCUCACAGUCAUGGUUAAUCUUUUUGUUUUCUGUAUCUUCCUUUUUUUUUUUUUCUUUUUUUUUUAAAAUCAAUUUGACUCAUUUUAUUUUAUUUUCAUUUUGACAGCUAUUAGUAUUAUGAUAGUAUAACUAAAUUUCUCAGGAAACCAGCUAGCACUCACAUUCUUUUUUGAGUUGAUUGCCUAUUUUUUUAUUACACCUGGUAUUUUUAUUUAUUUAAACAGUUGUGAUAACAUUUUUAUAUGCAUUUCUAUAAAUUCUUUUCUAGUUUGGUGUAUUUAAUAUUGACUGCUGGUUUAAAACAAAAUGUGUUUGUGAUUUUAAAGAAACCACUUGGUUUAACCUUGAUUCUGUGUUUUCGUCAAUGACCAUGUAUUAAUUGAGUUGUGUCAUGUCAGAAUUGUUUAAUUGUCAUUGUGAUUAGCACAGAUGAGGUGUGUAUGAGUGUGUGUAUGUAGGUUUGCAUAGUGGGACUGUCACCCCUCGGUGUCCUCUUAAAAUGAUUAUUUUUGGGUACAAAAUCAUUUUCAAUGUUCCCUAACCCAGUUCCAGUCAUCAUAGGUGAUGUUCAAAUUUGGUUUUGUGUGGUAUUUUCUUUUUUUUCUUUGCCAAAAGUUUUUCAUUAAAAAAGGAACUCAUCAAUGCAACAGUAUUGAUAUGAAUGAUAUGGCAAUAAGUGACUAUUCUGUUUGAACAUGUCUCAUCCUCUCUUGUACACCAUCCAUUAGGGUAAAAUGAAAUAA